AAAUUAAACGGCUGAUUUCGGGUAUCCUGGCAUCCCCCGCAACUAGACUUUCUCUUUCCUCGCCUUCCUAUCAAUUCUCUCGCCAUUACACAGCUGAGUGUAUGGCCGUGUGAAACACUUUCGUGGCACCACGACUACAAUCGGGAGCAUAAGUAGUUUCUUCUAGGGAGAUCAAUCUCAUUCUUCUUAAGAGGACUUAAAGUCACCAGCGGAUAACAGCCAGUCUCACAUCACAAUAAUGGCAAACCGGUUCCACCUUAUUCCCAAGUUUGCGCAGGCGGCCGUGCAGUUUUGGAACAACACCGAUGUAUAUGUGCGCUGCCCGUAUUGCGAAACGACUCAUCACCACGGAUUCGAUGGCAAUUACCUGCGCAAGCAUUGCCGCGUUCCUCACUGCGGCCAUGUCGAAGGGGACUACCAAUUUCAUUUCCCUCUAAACGAUGGUACAGCUAAUCUUAGCUACGACAUCGACAAGCAGCGAAUUCUCUUUGUAGCCGCCGGCUCAGAUCCGGCUGAAUACUUCCUGAACUUGCAUGGACAGGCCGACGGUCCUGUUUCUCAGCAGGAUACGAGCACCAAAAGAAAGUGGACCGAGGCGACUGAAACAAUCUUGAUCGGCGAUGAUAACCUCAAAUGUGAAAUUCCGAAGAUAAAAAUGGUGGUGGCCGAGAUGGUCCAGGGAAAUAUCGGAUAUGUUCGCCAGUACCUCGACUGUUCCCCCGAGGCUGAGAUCUUCCUUCAUGGGGUUAAGGCAUACAAGGUUGCUACUCCCAACGGUAGCGAUGGAUCUGAUUACAACCAUCAGGACACAAAUAGCGAUGCCACAAGCGUCGAAGAAGAUGUGGAAGUGACGGGCGAGACAUGCCUACAUUUAGCCGCUUGCGAGCAGCACCAACACAUCCUCGAGUUGCUCCUCCAACGAGGCGCCAACCCGAAUGCGAUCGCCCUCAAUGGAAGAUUCCCAUUGGCAGAGGCGGCCAUUUGGGGUCGACUAGAGAAUGUCAAGCUUCUGCUUCAGUACGGCGCUGACAAGCAUCUCGAAUGUCUGCGCAGUGGGAAACGGCUUCGAGCUAUUGAUUUUGCUCGACCACUGACAGAGAAUAUCGAGGAGCGACACCUCCGGUCGGGGGGUGUCUACAAUGAACGCACAUACGACAGGGACAAGGAUCGCAAGGCUAUAGUCCGCUGUUUGUCAGAUGAGGAUGAGGAAUCGCGCGACGAGAGAUACAGCCUCAGAGGAUUUGCAUUCACCACGUCGCCCACCAGCGAGAGCCUUCUAACUCUUAUCGCCUACUUUGACGUACCCAAGAAGUGGAAGACAAUUGGCGUUCUGCUUCGUGGGGGCGGACACCCUCCUGUUGCGGCCAUGAGCGGAUGGGGCCACGGCGCAGACCAGAAUAUCAACGUCCAGAUUGAAGGGAAAGAGUGGACAAACCAAGUUCAGGAUCUCAGUCGAUAUGUUGGGCAUCACUUGAAACCAGAUGAUCGACGUGACAAUGGAUGCAUUGGACAAUUUCAUGCAUGCCACGCCGAGAAGCAGCUGAUCGCAUUCUUCGUGCAUAAGCACCUGUUCCUGCCUCACGAAAUUGAUGCAGAGAUGGAAUUGUAUGACCCCGAGCUGAGCAUCGGAGACCUUCCAGACGAGCGAUUUGAAGAGCUGAUGAAAAAGCAUGAGCUCAAAAGGCAGCUUUCGAAACUCGCAGCUGCCAUCCCCCCUAACUCCUUGAAAACUGCUACAAUCCUUACUUCUCGGCCUUGCUGUGACGAUUGUAGGGAAUUUGUCAAACGAACAAACUCUAAGCUUGGGAUCAACAUUGACCUCGUUGGAUCGACACUGCCUUGAGCUGGAGGGCGAAGUUAUAUGUUUCAAUCUUUCAGUUGAGUGUUAUAAAGUCGGCGUUUUGAAA